UAAACUGGUGAAUAAAGUGACACGUCAUACACACCACAGUCAGAGCAGCCAGAAGAACAAGCUUACCGCCAGUGAAAUCGGGACGCAUUCACCAACAAAUAUGGGCGGAUUCUUCUCCAAUAUUUUCAAUGGCCUGUUUGGCACCAGAGAGAUGAGGAUUCUCAUCCUAGGAUUGGAUGGUGCGGGGAAGACCACCAUCCUGUAUCGGCUGCAGGUUGGGGAAGUCGUCACCACUAUUCCCACUAUUGGCUUCAACGUGGAAACGGUGACUUACAAGAAUCUUAAAUUUCAAGUGUGGGAUCUGGGAGGACAGACCAGUAUAAGACCAUACUGGCGUUGUUACUACUCCAACACCGAUGCAGUGAUCUAUGUCGUGGACAGCAGUGACAGGGACAGGAUGGGAAUCUCCAAGUCUGAGCUGGUAGCCAUGUUGGAGGAGGAGGAGCUGAAGAAGGCCAUCCUGGUAGUGUUUGCCAACAAGCAAGACAUGGAGCAGGCCAUGACCCCAACGGAAGUGGCCAACUCCCUUGGGCUGCCUGCACUCAAGGACAGGAAGUGGCAGAUCUUCAAGACAUCAGCCACCAAAGGCACAGGACUGGAUGACGCCAUGGAAUGGUUGGUGGAAGCCCUCAAGAGCAGACAGUAAUGGCACCCAAUACCCCCUGUGUAUAUACUCUUGUUCAAAAGCCUCAUCAGUCUCAAGGCCAUACCCCCUCUGCUGCAGAUGGCUCCCCUCCCUAUAAUCCCCCGGGGCAGGGGAUGGACUGUUGGAGGAAGUGGCAGUGGCUUCUCGUAAUCUGAGGGCUACCUGCUGAAGGCCAAGAUGGUGGAAAUAUGAAAUGGAAAGACUUGUGUAUAAACUCGUGGUCAGGCUGUUGCAGCAGGCCAUGGUGUUUCAGUUCAUGCUUUGUUAUUGAUUCAUACAUGCAUGCUGGGUUUUGGGUUAUGUUGUGGUACAUUGGAGUUAUUUUACUUGCCUUUAGAGUACUCAAACUUUAGUGUGGCCAGAUCUUAAGAUAUAGUUACUGUUUGUAAGAACUCAUUUGUUUCAUAUUUAUUUGAGCGGAGAUCAGUUGCUUCCAUAAAAAGUAGAUGUGUUCAUUAUUCGCACUGAAAUAAAUUAUGUACUGUAUCAGUGUUGUUUUCUAACCAGUACUCCUGAAGUGGAAGGUAUAUAGACACUGUGUCCACUAGGUGGCACAACACAAUGCUUUUUGGGAUUUCAACACACCAUUCAGUUUUUGCAAGUUGGGUGAAAACUUCUUAAGUUUUGUUUCUUUUAGAAACAAAAUCUGAAAUCUUUAUUUGCUUGACCAUAAAUGUGUAUUUAUACAAAAGUGAUUUCUUUUUAAUAAAAAGUUGUACAUUUAA